AUGACCUGGAAAAGACCGAUAUCGCCAACUCCGAAAAAAAUUAAGCCGAUUUCGGCCGCCGGUAAGAUCAAGGGCUGUUUUUGGGACAGCCAAGGGUUGGUAAUGAUUGAAUACCGCAACCAUGGAGCCACUAUAUGGUUUGUGAAAUACGCAAACGACGGCAUGGCAAACCACGCACAAGUCCAGAGUUUCGAUGGCUUCAAGAAGCUAGCUACGGAUUGA